GCUAUGUGUUUGGUAUUGAGCUUGAAGCGUGUUGAUACCCCUCCGGUGUYAGGGACAUAUUGCUCUGAAUUUCAAUGAAUUUUUAUCGAAAAUCCAAAAUUUUAGCUCUAUGAAGGAGCCUUAGGAGUGAAAAUAUAGUGUAGACUUUUCUACAAUGGUAUGGAAGUACGCUGAAGUCAGCUAGAAGCCACAAAAAAAGCGUUCGGAGCUGGUGAACAUUGGUCACUAGUUGGUCUUUUGUUUUUCUCCUGGCUUGAAAAUUCUUCUUUGAAGGAAAGUUUUGGCUAUAGAAUUUGUUAGUUUUAGAGUUUGGAUUCUUGGAAGUUAAUAUGCUCAAUGGUUUCCCAAGUGGAGAUCUUAAGCGAUCGGGAAAAAGAGUUACUGGCGAAUUAUGAUAGCCGGUUGUAUGGGUUUCUGCGACAGCACGACCCUAUCGGUGAUCCCUCCUUGCCAAAUCUAAACCARAGAUCAUUGUUGCUGAAGGGUGUAGUUUGUUUUGAGAAAGAACUACAAGAAAAAGGAAAAGCAGCUCAUCCUGCAAUUUUUUGCAAGCUCGGCCAUCUUCAUUUACUGACUGAGGACUUUCCCAAAGCCCUUUCUGCUUAUCAGAAGUUUUACAAUUUACCCAAUGUAGAUUACUGGAAGGAUGCCCCAUUUUUGUAUGGCAUUGGUUUAGUCUAUUUUAGUUUUUCUGCUUAUCAGUGGGCUGUAAAAGUCUUUCAACAAGUUUUAUACCUAGAUCCAGGUUUUAGUUGUUCCAAUGAGAUUCAUCUACGAUUAGGAAUCAUAUACAAAUCUCAGAGUAGCUAUGAAGCAAGCAUAAAGCACUUUCAUAUGGCCCUAAUGGAUUCCAACCCAUGUUCAUUAUCAAAAGAAGAAAUACAUUUUCAUCUUGGACACCUAUUUGAGAUGCAGAACAAAUGCCAGGAAGCACAGGAGAUGUACGAAACCAUCAUUAACACUCCAGGAAUACCCAACCCUGUUAAAGCAAAUGCUUAUAAACAGCUAGGUUGGAUGUACUACAACAAAGAACAUCUAGGUGAUAGGACCAGCAGAAUGCAGAAAGCUGUUCAACUUUUAAAAAAUGCUAUUGAGACUGAUCCUAAUAACGGUUCMUCUUGGUAUCUGAUUGGAAGGUGUUAUGCAAUGCAAGGCAAAGUACAUGAUGCCUUUACAUCAUAUCGUCAUGCUAUUGAUAAGUCUGAAGCUAAUGCUGAUACUUGGUGUUCUAUAGGAGUGUUGUACCAACAACAAAACCAACCAAUGGAUGCCCUUCAAGCCUAUGUAUGUGCUAUUCAACUAGACCCRAUGCAUGUGGCAGCAUGGACAGAUUUAGGAAUACUUUAUGAAGCAUGUGAUCAACCAAGUGAUGCUGUGAUGUGCUAUAGUGCAGCAAAGAAGUAUGGAGCUACUGAUUCUGCAAUAGAUGCRCGGGUGAAAGCUUUACAGGCAAAGCAGAAUAUGGUCAUGAAAGCUGCCACAAAUAUGAAAAAGAAUAUACCAUCUGUUGGAGAGGCUUGGAAACUUCCCAUACCAGCYGAACUCACAACAAGAACAAUGAGAAAUGUCCAGGCUAAAAUAGUCCCUGGAGCACCAGUACCUACUGCAGGCUCACCUCAAAACAUGCAGCUUUUAUACUUACAACAACAGCAGCACCAGCAGGCAUUACUACAACAACAACAACAACAACUUGUCAAUAGCCACCCAGAUACCAAACCACAACUUAUUACAGUCAACACUGGAUCGGAUCAACAACAAUUACUACAAAACCAAGUAGUUGUUACAACGGCACACAACCUCAAUAGCUUCGCAUUACAAAAUGGCAAUGGGGAAUCACACACUUCCUUGCCACAGGAUAGUAUUCAACAAAACUCUUUAGUAAAUACAUCAAUAAUUGGACUUCCACAAGGAUCACAGAAUGGACCAACCCUAGCUGUGUCUUUGCCUGGUGGAGGACUUGAAUCUACUGAUAAUACAAGUCUUACAAUAUCAUCAAAUAAAACAGAAGGUUCUUCAUCUAGCUCAACUUCACCUUCGUCUUUAUUAACAGUACAACCUAUAGUCAGUCUAUCAAAUCCAAGUCUUCUUGCAACUCAAACAAGUGUGUCUUCUAUAUCAACAUCCAUCCCUGCAAUWAGUUCUUUUCCAGGGACGGUAUUCUCAUCUGCUAGUUUAUCUAAUGGUCCAAUUUCUUCAGAAGGAAAUUCAAGUUGUGGUAGUAGUAGUACAUCAGAGUCUUCUAUUCCUCCUUUAAACUAUGUAACAUCUCCGACACAAAAGUUCUCAACAAAUGUCUCAUUUUCAUCGAAUUUAACACAGCCACUGACAGUGAAUGCAUGUAAUCUAUCACCUAGUAAUAAUUGCAAGCAGUCAUUAUUAUCGCCGUCAUUGAUAUCACCAUCAGUUGGUAUUGCUAUGGCAUCUCCUAGUUCAUCAAAGUCACCAUUAACAGGCAUGGGACCSUCUUGUAAUCAAGUUCCAAAAGUGUCAUUACUGUUUGAUGCAAAUGAGUUGCCGUCACCACCAAAGCCUCCUUACCCUCCACUUCCUACUGAUAAACUUUCUCCACCAACACCAAGUAUCUGCGUUGAAAGUAAAAGAGAUGCUUUCUCUCCAGCAUUGCAGAACUUUGUUCUCUCUCCUGCACAGCCAGUCACAGUGAUAAGAGGUUUAGCUGCUGCUUUGAAAUUAGAUCUUAGUCUGUUUUCUACAAAAACCUUAGUUGAAUGUAAUGCUGACCACCAAGUUGAAGUCAGAACACAGGUAAAUAUAAUGCUAAUGACAGGGGAAGAACAAGAACGACUUAUGAGGGGRAAUGAACCAUUACUUUCAGAUAGUGAUUCCUCUUCCAGUUCUAAAAGUAAAAAGAAUGGCAGAGGAAGCAAGUUUAAAUGGAUUAAGUUUGGCACAAAUGUUGACUUGUCUGARGAGAGAAAGUGGAAAGUUCAACUUCAAGAACUAAACAAACUACCACCAUUUUCAAGAGUUGUUGCUCCUAACAAUUUGCUAAGCCACUUUGGACACACCAUACUGGGAAUGAAUUCUGUACAAUUAUACAUGAAGAUCCCAGGAUCCAGAACACCAGGUCAUCAAGAAAAUAACAAUUUUUGUGCUUUGAAUAUCAACAUUGGUCCUGGGGACUGUGAGUGGUUUGCCACACCCUGUGAAUACUGGGGAGUGAUCCACAACUUGUGUGAAAAGUAUAAUAUCAAUUUUCUAACUGGAUCAUGGUGGCCAAUGUUAGAAGAACUCUAUGAAGAACGUGUACCAGUGUAUAGGUUUAUUCAAAGACCAGGAGAUUUGGUAUGGUUAAACCCUGGRGUUGUACAUUGGGUACAAUCAUUGGGAUGGUGUAAUAACAUUGCUUGGAAUGUCGGACCCGUCACAGCUCAUGUGUUUUCUGCUGCUGUGGAGCGCUAUGAAUGGAACAAACUUCAGGGUGAAAAGUCUAUAGUUGCAAUGAUUCACUUAACAUGGAACUUGGCUAGGAACAUCAGAAUAACAGAAAAACGAUUAUAUGAGCAUAUAAAGAGAAUUCUUGAGAGAACACUUAAAUGCAGUCAGGUAACUAUAGAAAACUUAAAGAGAAGUGGUAUAGAAGUCCAGUGGCAUGGCAAACAACCUGAUGAAUAUCCACAUUAUUGCUCACAGUGUGAGGUUGAGGUGUUUAACCUUCUGUUUGUGCUAGUAACAAAUACACGUAAACAUCAGGUGUACUGUCAAGACUGCGCAAGAAAAACAAGUAYCACACUGGAAGGCUUCAUUGUAUUGAAUCAAUACACCAUUGAAGAAUUACUAGACGUUUACAAGUCAUUCAAACUUUAUACUCCUACUCCCAGCUCACCGCAAGACCGUACGUAUCCACCAAUGGGAGGCCAACUUCCUCUAGGCUACAUGCAACCAACUAUUUAAUUAGUGUACGAUUUCAGGACAUAAUUUUGUACAAAAGAAUAUAUUUUAUAAAUGAAUAGGACAAAAUCCUGUCAUGGUAGAAUCCUGUGCKUUGAUGCACUGCUUUAUUUAAGCUUCUACUUAAAUCAGCUCUUUUAGACGAUCACGCUGCCAUGGUUAUCACCUUGCAAAACAGCCUGUGUUGCCAGACUGCUGGAAAUGCAGGCUAACUUGUGUUGUGACCUUCCACCAUACUAGGUGUUGGUCAUAAUAUCUAAUACACAUGAUGGAAGCUCACAAGGCACAAAAGCUUGGUGUUUUCACUGUCAUUGUUACAACAUGAGAGGGGAAAUUUUGGCCUCUUUGGGAGGCUGUUGAAAACUCUUGAAUAUAUUCAAGACUGCUGUGGAUUGUUCAGAACAAAAACGAAAUCAACUGGAAUUUGAUUUUCCUUCAAGCACAGUCUCUUAUUGUAGUUCCCUACUAGAAGCUACAAAGAUAGAGACACUGCUAGCAGGGAAGAAUCUGAAUAGAAUGAUUUAAAGAUGUUCCACUAAUCUCAAAUUUUCAUGUUGUCCGUUAUACUUCACUCUCAGACCAAAAGUAUUGAUUGCAUUUUAUUAUGAGAACCAUCCAUGGCAGAGCACAUUCUAACAUAARCAAAUCAAAAAACCUAUCCUCUCUCUGAUGGUAACUUGAUAGAAUUUAGGCUUUGAUCAAUAUUAGAUAAUAAUGUAAUCUUUUGCUAUGUAUUAUUACGCCUGCGCAAUCACUUUACAAACAAGCCGUUUAAAUUUUUGUAUGGAAUUUUUUUUAUAAAAUCUCAUGUGAGAUAGACAUUAAGUUAUCUGGAUUGUCAUUGAAGCGGAUCGUGUGCUAAAAUGUUGAUAUGUUUUAGCUUGGGUUGUGUGCCAUGUGGGAUGGAAUUUACCAGUGUAUAAUGCACUGUGAUAUUGUGUAUUUAAAUAUAAAUCUUUUCUUGUAAUUUAGAAKACACUUAUCAUAGGUUGGGUCAUCCUUCCAGUAUUUUCAAUGGCCUUUACUGCAUAAAUUUAUCMAAAUCUCUCUUUUGGAAAAGUCUUAUUACCGAUUAUAAAGAAAUUACGCAUUGAAUUGCUUAUAGUUGUUAUUUUCAGCGUAUUUAUAAUAGGAAUAAUAAUGGUUUCGUUUGAUUGUUAAGUUGGAUUAGGAGUGGUUGGCUGUUAGUGUAUUGUGUGAGAAUAAAAUACAACUAACAUACUUGA